GCGAGAUGAGUGUAGCGCGCACACGGUUAAUUCUAGUAAUUCACAUUCAUCGCGCGCGCGCACAGAGUAAAUUUUAAUAGCACAAGAUAUAGAUUUUAGUAUAGAACUGUAUACUUUUUUUUUUUUUUUUUUAAAUCGUAGCUAUUUGGCUCGUGUGAAUACCCGUUCUUAAGCACAAGAAGAAGAAGAGCCUUGCUCAAGAGUCCAGCACGAGCAAACACACACACAGACAAACACAGAGGAGCUUCCACGUUGAAGGUGUUGGUUUUGGUCACGCAAUCGGUGAGAUGAGUGACCUUGAGAAGAACCCAUUGGGAGGUGACUCCUUGGUUAAGGAUGCCAGUGGGAAGAAGACAGAGAGCGAGAAGAAGAAGCGAUCACGAGUGAAGCAGCUGUUGACUGAUGUCAAGAAGCAGGUGGAGUUCUGGUUCGGAGAUGUGAACAUGCACAAGGACCGGUUCCUGAGGAAGCUGGUGGAGCAGUCAAGAGAUGGAUAUAUUGAUAUUUCAGUGUUAACUACUUUCACACGGAUGAAGAAAAUUACUACUGAUGUAAAGUUGAUAGCAAGGGCUCUAAAGAACUCAUCUCUAGUAGAGAUUAACUUAGAAGGUACAAAAAUACGUCGACAGCACCCACUGGGAGAAGAACCGAAGAAUGUGGAUGAGCGCACCGUCUAUGUGGAGCUUUUGCCCAAAAAUGUUACUCACAGCUGGAUUGAGAGGGUGUUCAGUAAGUGUGGUACAGUGGUGUAUGUCAGCAUUCCCAGGUACAAGUCCACGGGACACGCCAAGGGCUUUGCAUUCGUUGAAUUUCAGACAGAGGAACAGGCCCAGGCAGCCAUAGAGAUGCUCAACAAUCCUCCUGAAGAUGCUCCCAGAAAAGCAGGCAUAUUCCCUAAGACCAAGAAGAACAAACCAAUACCCCUCCCAACUGGUGAAGAUCCUACUCCUGUAGAGGAGAAGAAGAAGAAGAAGAAAAGGAAGAAAUCUCGCAGCAGUCAGAAGGAGAGCUCCACACAGCCAGUGCCUGACACCAAAGAAUCAGAAGCGGAAGCUUCAGAGACCUCUAGCAGAAAGAGGAAACGCACUGAAGAGGCACAGGAAAAGGAGAGCACGGCGGCACCAAAAACCCCUGCUAGCAAGCGAGAAAAGAAGAGGAGAAGAUCAUGUAGCACUGAGGGUUUUGUGACAGAUGCUGUGGAAGAGCUACCGACCAAGAUGAGGAAGCUCAGCGAGGUUGAGGCAGCCACCAUAGAGGAAAAUGCUUCUGAAAUGAAAGGUCUGGACAGUAUGGACGAAAAGGGGAAAGAGAAUGAGGGAGAAGAGAAGAAAGAUGACUCCAUGUUGAAGGCCAAGAGGAAGAGGAAGAAGAAGCACAAGGAGAGACUCAAGAUUGGCGAUGAAGUCAUUCCUCUCCGAGUUCUGUCCAAGAAAGACUGGCUGGACCUGAAGCAGGAGUAUUUAACCCUGCAGAAGCACAGCAUGGCCUUGCUUAAGAAGUCCAUGAAUGAGAUGAAUCAGAAAAAAAACGGGGAGAUGGAGGUGGAGAGCACUGUGCAUAGUAAAGAGAUGGAUGCUGCAAAGAAGGAAACUUCCCUUGGCCCACAGUUUGAGAGUGGAGUUAUCAUCAAGAUCAUACACAGCCAACCACUUCCAGGCAGAAAGUGCAUCAAGGAUGUUCUGUCAGAGGUGUCUGCGGUUGCAUAUGUGGACAUCCUGGAAGGAGAUGCUGAGGGACAUGUACGCUUUAAGACUCCCAAAGAUGCUAAGGCUGUGAUGGCGUAUCGCUCCAAGAUCCAGAAGAAGCACAGCUGGAAGCUGGAGCUCCUUUCUGGUGACAAUGAACAAAGAUACUGGCAGAAGAUUUUGGUGGAUCGACAGGCCAAACUAAACCGACCAAGGGAUAAAGUAAGAGGCACAAAAAAGUUGAUUGCCAAAGCGGAGAAGAUCAUUACAAUGAGAGCCAAGGAAGCCAACAAGCACAUCCGCUUCUCAGAAGGCUGAAUUGGAGAGCAGGAUUCAGACUGCUGACUGUGUUUGGGUACUGGAUGUUUCCAGACUUCAAGCUGCUGUUUGAAAAUGAAACCACAUAAAUUCUUUGUACAGAAAAUGUGACGAAUUUUUAGACUUUCAUAAUCACUGUAAACACACAUAAUUCAGACGUUUUCUGAAAAUCAUUUUUGUUCCCCUAACUUGGUAAAUGUUUAAUAAAUUGAACAGUAUGGAGGGACUUUGAUAUAUACAAGUCUGUAUAUACUGUAAAUAUG